AUGUCACCUGCAAAUGAGAGCACCUCAUCGCUCAACAAUGGAGUGUCACGAAGCCGCGAACGCGGGGUGCAGAGGUGGAGGCCAAAUUCAUCAAUAUUUACCACUUUGAUGAAAGACUUACCUUCCUCGUCUUGUAAUCCGGAGAAAGCCAUCGCCGCAACCAUCGCUUCGGAAAAUCAGUCACUUGAACAGUCAUAUGGCCGAUUCGCUAUCUUUGACCGGUCGCAGUUAGAUGCACGAAUUUCAUAUUCACCUACUUUCGUCUUCUUUGCUAUCAUACUUUUCUUUCUUUCUUUCUUUCUUUCUUUCUUUCUUUCUUUCUUUCUUUCUUUCUUUCUUUCUUAUCUUUCUAACUUCCUUCACUUUCCUUCUGCAUCUCUCUGUCCUCCUCCUCCUCCCCUGUGCUUUUCUAUAGUUUUCUCUUUCUUUCUUCACUCCUUUCUCUCAAAUGACAAAUACGUAUGUUUGAAAGAAAGUUUGCUGCCCAAAUAUACAUUAAUCUAUCUAUCUAUCUAUCUAUCUAUCUAUCUAUCUAUCUAUCUAUCUAUCUAUCUCUUCUGUUCAUAUCUAUCUAUCUAUCUCGGUCUGUUUCUAUCUAUCUAUCUAUCUAUCUAUCUAUCUAUCUAUCUCGGUCUGUUUCUAUCUAUCUAUCUAUCUAUCUAUCUAUCUAUCUAUCUAUCUAUCUAUCUAUCUCGGUCUGUUUAUAUCUAUCUAUCUGUCUAUCUAUCUAUCUAUCUAUCUAUCUAUCUAUCUAUCUAUCUAUCUAUCUAUCUUAUACAUGCAUGGACAAAUACCGGCAUAGUGUAA